AUGGAGGCCAAGGCAGAUAUGGGACUCGACAAGGUCCCCCCCGAGAUCCUCCUCAAGAUUGCUGAAGCUCUCAAGAGCGAAAAGGAUCUUGGGGCUCUUGUCCUCUCGUGCCGCCGCGCAUACAUGACGCUCAACGGCGUUCUAUACGAACGUAAUGUGUUUGAAGCCCAGCCUAAAAAUUCCUGUGUUCUUUGGGCGGCCAGGAACGACUCGUUGAACACGAUAAAGCUGGCCUAUGCCCAUGGCGCGGAUCUGAACCUCUACGACCCGCGGUCUGAGCUGAGAAUAACCAUUGUGUGGUCCAAGAGAAAGAAGGCGGAUGCUAGAAAGAUAUUCUCGCCGCUCCACGUGUCGGUGAUGAAGGGAUUUCACCAUAUCACGCAGUAUCUGCUUGAUCAUGGCGCCUCCGUCGACAUUCCGUCCGUCGGCCUCUGUAGCUGCCAUGCCCUAAACUUCAGACCACUAUUCCCCGCAUGGUUUCCGCUUCACACGGCUCUGGUCCAUGCAAAGGAGGGCGAAAUAUCAUCGGAAAUGUUGAUACGGCAUGGAGCCCGCAAGGAAGCCGCCGAGUGUCCUGGCCUUAGCUUCCAAACAAUUAGCCACCAGCCGAGCCUGGCCAGGCUGGUGGCCGAUUUGGGAGGCCUUGGAGAGGGCAACGUAGACGCCCUGGGCUAUGCACCGCUUCAUCUUGCUUCACUGGAUGGAAUGGACGAUGUGGUUGAAAUGAUCCUCGAGGACCCCAAAGCCAACAUUAAGGCAAGAACCCUUGAGGAAAACAAUAGUGUUUUGCAUUGCUCCGUCAGACAGCGGAACCUCAAGACGACAAAGCUGCUUCUAGAAGUGCCAGGCAUAGAGAUUGAGACUACGGACAAUCGCAACAGGAAUGUCGUUUACGCCGCAGCAAGAGGUUGCAACGAUGGGACUGUUGCGUCUAUCAUUUCACUUCUUGUCCAGGGUGGUGCCAACAUCAACCUCCCGGACAUGGAUGGGAUAACUCCUCUCUAUGCCGCGGCUUCCAGAAUGUUGAUUUAUGGCUAUCCCAAUUUCAAGGCCGUUGAAGCGCUGCUCGCCCACGGCGCUGAUCCCCUUUUGUAUCAAAAGAACCACAACGGCUGGACCAUCUUCCACCAACUGCUUCGACAGGCUCCCAAUUUCGGGGAGGUGGUGAGUCCACGACGGGCCGCGCUGAAGAGACUCAUUGAGCUGGGCCUUGAUUUUGACACUUGCUCUUGCACCACUCAAGAUGAAUUCGGCCUCGACUUUGACGGCGACGGCACGCCGCUGUUCUUUGCUGCCGCACUAGCUCAAGACCCGGAGUGCACCGAGAUCCUGCUCAAGGCCGGUGCUAGGCCAAAUACGACGGUGGUGAAUGGAGAGGACCUCGACCACAUGCAAACCCAAAGCUUUUUGGCUGGUGUAUUUCGCCAUUUGUGGUGGGAAACGGGGGGUUGCGUGAUAGCUCCCCCCCUAAGCCAGGCUGGCGAGAUCAUAGCCGUGCUGCUCAAGUACGGCGCCAGGCUGGAAGAUGUCGAUGGCGAAGAGUCUCCCCUGGAGUUUGUGUGCCGGUGCCCAGAACAGAGGAUGGAUUACUCCCGUUUGGACUUUGUGCUGGAGCACGCCACCAGCGAAAACGUGUCUCUCGAGCACGUCGAGGGGGUGAUUUCUGCUAAUAGACCUGAAUCUGGUCGCGCCGAGGGGAUGGUUGACGACCAUCACAGGAUCGUGGUUCACAAGCUAGAAAGGUUUAGGGAGAGGGAAUUUCCGGGGGAGAUGAUGGGUAAGGAAAUUGCGGACGAUGUGAUGGAUGUCGAUGCCGCUGGUGAUGGUGAUGAUAACAUGUAA